AUGAGUCGAUACUUCACCAGACUGAGAGUGAGACGAACCUACAAAUUGCAAGGAAGACCAACAAGCGAAGACCGAAAACUAAAACGAUCUUACUAUGAAUCUUUUACGAUAGCAGUUGAAGGACACCCCAAUGUCACCACAGUCUCUUUGGGCGAACACAUUUUAAUUGAAGGAGACAACGAAGACAACCCCUACGUGGCCCAGCUUCUCAAACUUUUUAGUGAUGGUGAGACACAAAAAAAAGCUGUGGUGCAGUGGUUUGUUCGCAUGUGUGAAAUUCCUCCAAUGAAGAGAAAGCUGCUGGGGAGGGAACCCCACCCUCAAGAAGUCUUUUUCUACCAGGACAGAUCCUGUGACAGUGAAGUGGACGUGGAGAGUAUUCUGGGCACAGUGCAGAUGAAAUUCCUCCCUGCUGAAGCGCCGUUCCCAGAGACGGAGACUAAGGAUACUCUGUUUGUCAAGCUCUCCUGGGACACCAAAACUUUCAGUGUUCUUCACCCUGACCUAAUGCAGCCACCGCAGAAUCCCAAAACGCCACCUCCCGCCUCACAACGAGCCUCCCGAGGCGGCCGACCGACCCCUGACCCCGCGGUGAUGAACUCGGCGAUGUCGAGCCGUGUAAGCAUGAGUGCGGGGAAGAUGUCCGUCAGUGAAGCCGAAUCUGUCCAUUCCGCCUCCAAACUCUCCGCGGCCAAACAGCUGAGCGCCAAGAGGAGGAGAGCUGCCUCUGGACCCAGCGUACGGAAGAAACUGGAACUCCACGGUCUGGAUAAGAAGGUCACCGGAGCGGAGAUGUUUGAGGAGCUUUUGGCUGAGGAUCUUGAGACGGAGAAAGCUUUGGCCCAGGAGCUGUCUGCGUCUCCACCCCGAGCUAUCUCCAUCUCUGUCAGGCUGACUCCCCUCAAGUCCCCUCCGAGUCCAGCCGAAAACAAGGACAGGUUCUCCCUCCACCCCCUGAAGAGCUCUGAUAAACCCCUCCCAGCCUCACCCGACAGUAAGUCUCUGGACUUAAACACAGUGGAGAAUGAUGCGUUUGAACCAGACCCUGUACAGAGUUCGGGCAGGACUCCUCGCAGGAGAGAAGCUACCCCCAGGAGGUUUAACCUGAGGGGGCAGAAAGCAAGAACACCAUCCAGGAGGAAGGACUCUGUCGCCUCCAGAGAGACUGGACUCGCAGUGCUAGCGGAGGAGGACCAUGAGGACUCCCCUGUCCAGCCUGUGGUGUUGGCCACGCCCCGCUCCAAAAGGAAGUCUGCCCAGCUUGUGUCCUCUCGUAUCAGGAAGCAGCUGAAUCUGCUGGGCAAUGAACUGCUCUCAGAUGGGGAGGAAGAUGACCCAGAUGACGACGAAAAUUUCAUCCUGUCAAAGAUGAUCAUGCAGAGCAGCAGUGAGGAAAAUGAGGAGGAGGAGGACGAGACGAAGGAGGACAGUGAGGAUGAAUUGGUUGUGAAGAAAAGCAGACGAAAAACUGGCUCCCGAACUCCUCAAAGCGCCAAGAAAAGUCGCGCCUCAGCCCGGACCCCACGCAAAACCCCCAGCAAAAAGAUGGCUCCCAGUACCCCCCGUACACCGCGUUACGCCACCCCCAGUAUACCCAGUCGAACCCAGCCGGCCAGAACACCUGGGAAUGUGUUGGAGGAGGCGAGAGCCAGGCUGCACGUGUCCUCGGUUCCGGAGUCUUUACCGUGUCGAGAGCAGGAGUUCCAGGACAUCUAUAGCUUUGUGGAGAGUAAAAUCAUAGAUGGCACUGGAGGGUGUAUGUACAUCUCUGGCGUUCCUGGAACGGGGAAAACGGCCACGGUUCAUGAGGUGAUCAGAUCCCUUCAGCAGGCGGCCGAGCAGGACGAGAUUCCUCAGUUUCGCUUCAUCGAGAUCAACGGCAUGAAGAUGACCGACCCCCACCAGGCCUACGUUCAGAUCCUGCAGAAACUGAGUGACCAGAAGGCGACCCCUGACCAUGCUGCUGCCCUGCUAGAGAAACGCUUCAGCAACCCAGCACCCAAGAAAGAGACCACUGUGCUGCUGGUGGACGAGUUGGACCUGCUGUGGACCAGGAAACAGAAUGUGAUGUACAACCUCUUUGAUUGGCCAACAAGGCGCCACGCCCGUUUGGUGGUCCUGACCAUUGCCAACACCAUGGACCUGCCCGAGAGGAUCAUGAUUAACCGCGUGGCCAGUCGCCUGGGCCUAACAAGGAUGUCCUUCCAGCCAUACAGUUUUAAACAGCUCCAGCAGAUUAUCACAUCCAGACUGAACAGAGUUAAGGCGUUUGAAGAGGACGCCCUGCAGUUGGUCUCCCGAAAGGUGGCAGCGCUGUCUGGUGAUGCACGCCGUUGCUUGGACAUCUGUCGGCGUGCCACAGAGAUCUGUGAGCAUGACGCCAGUGACAAAAACACCACAGGAUUGGUCAAUAUGAGUCAUGUGAUGGCUGCUUUAGACGAGAUGUUCUCAUCAUCCUAUAUCACUGCCAUCAGCUGUGCCUCUGUACAGGAACAGCUCUUUCUGAGAGCUGUGAUCACUGAGUUUCGUAGGCUCGGUCUGGAGGAGGCCACCUUCCAACAGGUGUUUCUUCAGCACCAGGCUCUGUGUCGCGUGGAGGGGCUGCAGCCGUUGAGUGUGUCUGAGGGUCUUGCCGUGUGUCAGCGUCUGGGUUCCUCUCGCCUGCUCCUGCUGGAGCCCAGUCGUCUGGACGUGCUGCUCCGCGUGCGUCUGAACGUGAGCCAGGAUGAUGUGCUCUACGCUCUUAAAACAGACUGA